GUCACUCCAGUGGCCAAGCUAGUCUCACGCCAAACUCACAGAUGGGAGACUAGCUAAAAAGUUGAAGAACAAGAAGAUCCGCUAACCUUGAAAUCAUUAGAUUUUCAACACAAAACAAACUGACGCUUUGUUCACGGCAUUUCUGAGUGAAAUUCUUCCAUCUAUCUUACAGUUGAUUGUAUUUAGCAAAAUGUCGGAAUAUUUAUAUCUGAUUAUAUAGUUGAUACCGUUGUAGAUAUUUACCUCAUGCUGCUACCGCUAUUCGGGUUUUGUGCCACGAACAAACGCUCAAUCAAUUUACAAUGUUUUUUAUACUUUUCUGACGGAAAUCUUUUCGGCUCUAAUUACAAAAUCUAAAAAUAAUGCUUGUUUUGUGCAUUAAGAGUACACCUUCGAAUAUUAAUUGGGAUAUGGUAUACUAGUACAGAGUGAUUAAUUGUAACAUGAUUCUUUGGAUUACUUUCGUCGUUAUCACUUAUUUAAUUAACGACGCAUAUCCAACUCGAUCAGUUUCAGAAGGAUACUGCGAUGUUUAUAAUGGACAAAUAUGUAAAAAGUAUCUUACUGGAAUUGGCAAAGUCUGGUACCAUAAUACUACUGAUAAUCUUAAUGGUUGGCUGAAUGAACGCAUUACCACCGAUCUGUGGGAAGAUCUUAUUCAAAAACUUAAAGAACCAUGUCGGUCUGCAGCAGAGAAAAUCCUCUGCAUGUAUGCGUUUCCACUGUGCGAUGGGCUUGUAAAACUACCACUUUGCUAUGAAGAUUGCAUGGCGGUUCGUCACGAAUUUUGUUUCAAUGAUUGGGCUCUCAUCGAAGACAACAAGCAAAGAGGAAUUUAUAUACGAUCUCGUGGUCAUUUUAGACUACCAGAUUGUGAUGAAUUGCCACAAGUCAAUGAAGAAAAUAUGACUUGUUCUCAUAUUCACUUGACUGAUGUCAAUGAAACGUUGAUUACUUUCGACUGUAUCAGAGAAAAUGGACGUUUCUACAUGGGAAAGAUGAAUCAAACAAAGAAUGGAUAUGAUUGCCAAUCAUGGAACGCUCAAUUUCCCCACAGUCAUGACAAACCACCGAACGUCUUUCGGCAAAUUCGAGAAGGCGAAAAUUACUGUCGAAAUGCUGGAGGAGACGAACCAAUGCCUUGGUGUUUUACCAUGGAUCCACGUGUGCGAUGGCAACAUUGUGAUAUUCCAAUAUGUAAUAAUUCGACUGAUACGGCAGUAAAAAUUGAUCCAAAGAAUUUUAGCAUGGACACUUUUUUCACGCCAACAUUCAUAAUGAUCCUAUCGGCUUUUGGUUUUUUCGUCAUAUUAGGGUCACUGUUGUCAGUAUUUUUUAGCCAAAGAAUGAGCAAGCGUCAUCAAGGAUAUAAUCCCACACACGAUCGGGAACUCAAUAUCGACCUGGACAAGCUACCAAAUAACGAUGCAUACCAUAAAACGGCUGCACAGUUGAAUCCCAAAUUGGAAAUGCUGGAGUUUCCUCGAAAUAACAUAAUAUAUGUCAGAGACUUAGGUCAAGGAGCGUUCGGUCGUGUAUUUCAAGCGAAAGCGCCAGGUCUCGUGCCAGGAGAGGAGUUUACCAACGUGGCUGUGAAAAUGUUGAAAGAAGAAGCGACGGAGGAUCUUCUCGUAGAUUUCGAGCGCGAGGCAUGUCUUCUCGCGGAAUUUGACGAUCCAAACAUUGUGAAACUGUUGGGAGUCUGUGCUUUGGGUCGUCCAAUGUGUCUCCUGUUCGAGUAUAUGGGACGGGGUGAUUUGAACGAAUUUUUACGGUCCUGCUCGCCCGGAAACUAUGUUGUCCGCAGUAUGGAUAAAGAUAGUAAUGUGUCAGAAUCGCGAUUGACACAUAUGGAUCUAAUAAACAUAGCUUGUCAAGUUGCUUCUGGUAUGGUCUAUUUGUCGGACAGAAAAUUUGUUCAUCGCGAUCUUGCUACGAGAAAUUGUCUGAUAAAUGAUCAAAUGGUUGUUAAAAUAGCAGAUUUUGGUUUAUCACAAAAAAUUUAUCUCCAAGACUAUUACAAAGGCGAUGAACAGGACGCCAUUCCAGUAAGAUGGAUGCCCUUGGAAAGUAUUCUUUACAAUAAAUACACGAUAGAGUCAGACGUGUGGGCUUUCGCGGUGUGUUUAUGGGAAAUAUUUAGCUUUGCUUUGCAACCAUAUUACGGCAUGACUCAUGAAGAAGUUGUUAAAUAUAUCAAAGAAGGUAACGUUCUCCAAUGUCCUGAUAAUACACCUCCAUCAAUUUAUGAACUAAUGAAAUUAUGUUGGAAUCGACGGCCUAGCGACAGACCUACUUUCAAAGUCAUUUACCAUACAUUAAAUGCUAUAAAACAGGAGCUGGAGGCUGAUAACAAAUCCGAUAGUGUACCACUUCGCAUCCAUAUAUAAAUCAUUUGAAAUCUAUUUUUCGUAUAUAAAGGGACGUACAAAUUCCUUGUGUCGAUUAAAACAUCGUUGCAAAUAAUUAUCUAGGGUCCACUCUUUGUGUUUUAUGUAAAUGAUUCAUUUUUAGUCGUUUUUGAAAUUUAUGUAUUGACUUUUCGCCUACCUGCAUGACUUCGCUGAAUAACAAAAAACGUUUUUCAUUAUGCUCAAGAAAAAAUGAGAUGGAGGACACUAAUUAUUAUUGUUGAAAAAUCGUUCAUUCGUUGUAAAUUCUUUUCUAUUUUUUGCGAGAUUUAACGUUUUGUAUUGUUCAUAAAUACUUACUAAUUAACCUAAUUUUCAAUUCAAUUUGCCUAAUCGUAAUAUAACAAUUUCAUUUUAUUUCAACUAACUACUAAUAAUUUAUAUCGAUGAUUGGGAUCUCGUGAGAAUCGUCAUCUAUGAUCUUUAAAUGUUGAUAGCUAUCUUUGUAUCAGAUGUCGGGAAGGACUUGGUAUUCAUUUUUUAAUAUAAAAGCGUUUUUCUAUGACUGUGCUAUUCCGAAGUUAUCGAUAUGUUGUCUUAUGCGAUAAACCGAUAAACGAUAAUGCGGUAAUCGACAUAAUUAAUGAUUUAUUCCUGUUUACUCUUGUUCACGGAUAUAGCGAUCAAUCACAAAACCGUUCUUACCUGGCUGUGCGAGCAGAUAGGUGAUUUUAUACACUACUGGAAACAAUGAAAGGAACAAGAAAUUUUCCAACUUUUAAAAGGCUAUAUCUUAGUGAAAAAUAGUCUUAUCACGAUCAAUAAAAAAGCAUUUUAAUCCUUUGAAACAUGGUGGGAUUGUGAAAUCCCACCUUUUCACGUUUCCACAAUCCACCGUGCAUCAAAGGGGUUAAGGUAGAUGGGUAAAGGCUACGUGAUCGUUGCACCAACUAUAUUUUUCGAAAAUUCCGAAAAACGAAAUUUACUUUGAAAUAAUAAUUUUAUUAUUUUAGAAAUAUCGGUAGAGAACCAACAGUUUUCUACAAUUUUAUUAUUAAAAAAAAAAACAUUCAUUUCAAUUAGUGUGGAGCAACAGCUGCCGUUGCUGUGAUAUCACGCUAUUAGUUUGUUUACAAAUUUCAUAAGUUGUUAUGAAGAGUGCUUAAAGUGCUUGUCCACGUGAGAGCAAAUUCUGAAAGUUGCCCUCGCGGGUACUCUCACGACUGCAGUUACUCUCGGCAGCGUGUCCACUGGCGAGUACUACUCUCGAGAGCGACUUUACUCUCACGUGGACAGGCACCUUUAUUGUCCAAAGUAUAAUAUUGCAGUGGAGGAAACUGAAAAAAUGAACGAUAAAAAAGUUUAUCGGAUAAAAAUGGUCGUUUUGUAAAAACUGACAAAAAAAUAUGGCGAAGCAAACGAACGAAAAAAUAUGACCAAAAUGUCCAAUUGAUGUCAACUUUUCGUGUGUGUCAACUUUCAUGUGCCGGAGUCAUAAGUGUCAGAGAAGAGUCGAUAUUGAAUAAUUAAUUUGCGAAUAAGCUACAUGGUAACUAGCGCCCUAAUUUCCAAAUCUAUCCAGUACAUAUUCAGUUUUGCCUACAUCAUCGUCUUUAUUAUCGUGUAAUCUUGGAUAACGAAUAUUCACCUAUCUACCUGAAAGCUAUUUCCUUUAACUUUAAAGACCUUGGGCCAUUUUGGACUCACAGAUUACAGUUGCUGGGGAAUUUCAUGAAAUACCUCAAGAGAAAAAGUUUGCCAUUUUUUUUUCCUUUACGAUUGUGUACAGGACUUGGAAGUUUUUUUCAACUCCAAUCAGUGCAAGCAUCGAGUGAGUUGCUCAUUUAUCUUCAAUUCUGUUUUUUGGAUGUCUUCGUACGAAUUAUUUUUCGGAGAUACCCAUGGUUGAAUGAAAAAAAAAAAAAAUGUAUUCAAUCAUCGGUAUUUCGGCGAAAAAUUAUCGCAAUGAUUCCGGGGACGGUGUUGAACCCUUGAAUAAACACACCUUUAUAUAGUGUGUAUUUUUGACAAAAUUUCUAUUCCAUACUUGAUAUUCAUUUGAAAAAAAAUGGAAAAAUGGUUUUUUACAGUUGUUCAAAAUAUCUGCUGCUAAUUUAUACAUGUAAAUAGAAACACUCGAAUGGAGCAUAAAUUUUAUACUUCGAUGUAUCAACAAUAACCCUAUGAAUUUGAUUGAGUGAACCGUUUUUCUGCCCCGAGCAAUCAAAGUUUUAAAACAAUUAAAGAAACACGAUUACAGAGUCUGAAAAUGGCACAAAUACUAUCAGAAUGAACAGGACGACUUUUCGUCGACUUUUUCUACAAUUUUACAUCAAAUAUCGCCCAAAUUUAAAAAACAACGAGAGACAACAAAAUUUCGGUGUUUGUUCUAGUUUCCAUACACUUGAAGCAUUGUCAUGCAUAAAAAUAAACAUCCUCUAACUUUAUCUCCUGGUAGUACUAAACUAAGACCCCACCGCUUAUGUUCGUUAACGUAUGCUAAACGAGCUCGGUGAUGUCUGGCUGUUAGUAUCAGUACGUGAACGGGAUGUCUUCUUCGCAACCCAGCUUCAUAGAAACGAUGAAUGACUAUCUGGUAUAUGAAAUGUUUGUCUCUAAUACAUGUCAGUGGUUUUUCAAAUGGUUCUUGUCGAACAUGUCGAAUGAUUGCCUGAUCACCCCGAGAAGUAAUUUUGUGACCUCAGCCUUUCCCUGGCCGUCAAUCGUAUCCUCCGGUGUUUUUAAAACUCAUAUAAGCACGAAAUCAAGAGACGCGGUAGCGACUCGACGCAGAGUAUUAAAAGAAAAAACGGGAGUGUAAAAUAAAAGCCAGCGCGAGCCCUGCCGCACUCUUAUAUAUGCGAAUAUGUCGAUUUAUGACGUCAUAACAUUUUUCGAACCGUUCUCACGGACAAACCAUUGUAGUUAAAAAUCUGAAAAUUGGUGAUGAUUUUUUUUCGAUUUUUCUCUUCAAAUAAUUGAUCUUUGUUAUUGCAAGUAAAUCCGUUCAUUCCAUCCCGAGAUAUGAUGAUUUAAGCGAUUAAAAUCGAGUACUUCGGUACGCUCUAGCCGUUUGGAGUCAGUAAGACUUAAGUAACACGCUAUCUCCUCUACUCGCGCCCAAUCGAGCGGGAGAGACAGCGCGCGAAGAUUCGUUCCCUCUCUCUCUCACACUCGUAGUAGCAUACCUGGCGAGAGAACUAUACAGUUAAAACUUUGAAAAAGUAAAAGUAACGUCAAGUAUUAAAAGUCUGUAUUUUGAGUUAAAAAAUAUUUUCAAAAAUCAAUUUCCAAAGUGAACAAAAAAAAGCUUUUAAAAGGAAUGGAAAAUUUAAAAAGUGUCUCUUCGCAUUUGAAAUUUCCACUCUCGCAUUGGAGAAUUGAACUUGCUGAAUAAAUAAUUUAAAUCGUUGCUAUUGCUUGUAAAGAAAAUAAAAAUUUCGUUGUAUGAGAA